AUGGAGUCUGUGGCGAUCAGAACCAGCGGUCCAGAUUCAGCAGAUGUUGGACUUAUGUUCGGUGUCUCUGAAUACACGGAUGUUGUUGAUCUGAUGUCCAGUGACUCUGGGAGGAACACCACAGCCCCAAAUCCAGCUUCUUCCGACCGAGAGGAGAACAUCCCGACCGAAAAGAAGAGGAAGAAGAAGAAAGGCAUCGGUGCUUUCUUUCGGAAAAUGGGCAAGGCUGUAAAGCUUGCCACCCUCGGCUGCAGUAAGGUCGAUAUAGUGUCCACAUAUCCCUCCUGCGAUCCCAUCGAGCUGCCGCUUCAUGCCGAUCCGUAUGUUCCAGAGCGGUGUCAAUCCAUCUUAGAGCUGUUGUCGGUCUCUGAUCUGCCAGUUCGUGCCGAUCCGGAUUAUCCAAAGCGGUGUGAAUCCGACUUAGAGCUGUUGUCGGUCUCUGAUGUUUCGAGUCUCCAUCUGCCAGUUCAUGCCGAUCCGGAUUGUCCUGAAACAUCACGUUCAUCUGUCCUGGACCCAGAGUCGGCACCAGCUCUAGAGCCGAGGUCGGAUUCUGAGAUCCCAGAUCCAUCUGGUUUAGGGACGGCUUUUGUGUUUGCUGAAAACCCAACACAGAAGAAGAAGAAGAAGAAAGUCCUGGGUGCGUUUUUCCGCAGGAAAUGGAGGGAUCCCGAGCCAUUAUCCGUCUCCAGUCCAUCCACACUGGAUUCUGGGAUAGCGCCGGCUGUUGAAAAACAAUCAAAAAGGAGGGGGAAGAAAGUCGGCUCAAUCCUCCAACGAGCAUGGAAGGCUAUAAAGGUUUCCGCUCUGUGUUAUGGGGGCAACACAGCGGACCCAGAGCCAGAUCAACAGCCACGGACAUCUGUCCUGUCCAGAACCGACCCAGGUCCAUCUUCCAGCGAGAGCAGAUAUGAUACAUCACCCUUCUCCAGUCCAUCUCACUCUGGUUCCCAGUCAGGUUCCCUCAGCCCCGAGUUAUCAGUUAUACUGGGACCAUCCAGUCCCGAGCUUACUCCUGUUUCCAUUUGAUCCAUCCCGGGAGCAUCUGGUUUAUGGUUCAGGUGCUACAGGUGCGUCUACUGUCAUUCAUUCACAUUUGUACCUAGAUA